UGCGUAACCCCCACACCCGCGUUGCUGCUUCCAUUUUGUGUGGUUAUCAAAUCGUAGUCGCCGAUUAUCGACUCGUGCGGGUCUUCACGCUAUGUUACGCUAUUUUUGAGCGUGCUACCUCGAUACAUCGGACGGCCACGGCUUCAACUCUAGUUGAAAUAUGGCGCAUCGGAGCAUUGUGCGGACGAGCAAGUUUCGGCAUGUGUUUGGUCAGGCCCUGAAAAGAGAACAGUGUUACGACAACAUAAGGAUCACGAAACAGUCAUGGGAUUCCAAUUUUUGUGCGGUCAAUCCAAAGUUCUUGGCCAUCAUCAUAGAAGCUGCAGGCGGUGGGGCAUUCAUGGUGCUCCCAUUAAACAAGACGGGUCGAGUGGAUGUGAACCAUCCUCUGGUGGCUGGGCACAAGGGACCUGUGCUGGACAUCGCUUGGUGCCCAUUCAAUGACAAUAUAAUUGCCAGUGCUUCAGAUGAUGCCAUGGUUCGAGUGUGGCAGAUCCCAAACUUUGGCCUUGUUCGCCCGCUCGUAGAUCCAGUGGUGGAGCUACCUGGACACGAACGCCGUGUCGGGCAAGUGCUGUGGCACCCAUCAGCCAACAACGUACUGCUCAGUGUUGGAGCUGACUGCAAGAUCAUCAUCUGGAAUGUAGGCACAGGUGAAAUACUGUCCUGCAUCGACCACCCAGACAGUGUGUUCAGCUGCUGCUGGAACUGGGAUGGUAGCCGCAUCGUAACAACUUGCAAGGACCGCAAAAUUCGUGUCUACAAUCCAAGGACAGGGGAUGUGGAAGCGGAGGAUUUUGGGCACGAAGGUGCCAAGCCACAAAAAGCCAUCUACUUGAGGGAUGGCCUCAUUUUUACGACUGGGUUCUCAAGGAUGAGUGAAAGGCAAUACGCCCUUCGCGUUGAGUCGGAACUUGCCCAGCCAGUGGUACUGGAAGAACUAGAUACAAGCAACGGUGUGCUGCAGCCCUUUUAUGACCCAGAUGUGAAUCUGCUGUAUCUAGCCGCAAAGGGCGACAGCAACAUCCGGUACUUUGAGGUGACAGACGAGCCCCCGUUUGUGCAUUACAUCAGCACGUACCAGUCGAGUGAGCCGCAGCGGGGAAUGUGUGCCAUGCCGAAGCGCGGUUGUGAUGUCCACCAGUGUGAGAUAGCAAGGUUUUACAAGCUGCACUCCAAGGGCCUUUGUGAAGUGAUUUCUUUCACAGUACCACGCAAGUCAGAUCUAUUCCAGCAAGAUCUUUACCCCGAGACGCCCGGCGACACUCCUGCUAUAUCGGCUGAGGAGUGGGCAGAGGGAAAAGAUGCUGACCCAAUUCUUAUCAACUUGAAAGAAGGUUACACAGCCAGCACGAAGCAGGACUUUGCGGUGACCAAGAAGCCCAACAUUCUUAACAAAAUGCCCGAAAGGCCAGUGGCACAAAAAGGAAGCGAACAGUCGGUGACCUCAGCAGUAUCGGACGCAAAGCUGGACGAGCUAUUGGAUGAAAUCAGGAAGCUCAAGUCCAUUGUGGUGAAGCACGAGAAGCGCAUCAAGGAGUUGGAGUCACGAAUGGAAGGCAGCAAGGAGGACGCCUCCAUCGACAGACCCAGUACCCCGCCGACACCGCCGCCCGGCGACCAGAAGCAGAGCAACAACAACCACGAAGAGAAUGCCUCGGGACAAGGUCAUCCGUUACACAAGUCAGAGACAAGUUCAAGCCUGUAUUAUCCACCACCACGGAGCCUACCCUGCAAAGCACUGCAAGGUGCUGCUAAAGCAGACAAUGUGCCCCACGGUGACCAUUGCAGACGUGGCAAUGGCAAGAUGACACUAUUUCUGCAGAACAUGAAUCGUGCUUGGAAUAGCCUUGUUGCCAGCCCGAUGGUGCGCAGCCGUCAAAAUGGCACAAGGUCCCAAAUCAGUUUGCAUACAAGUUCCUCAUAACAACACGACCUCCUGUUGCAGUAAGAGUUCCCAACUAACCGCAGCAU